GCUUCAGAAUCAAAUCUUCGGUUACUUCUGAUAGCCACAUAGCUGCACAUUGGAGAGACACUAGACUAGAAAGAAAAGGAUAUGAAACUGGUUGUGGAGGUUAUUAAUGCUCAUGAUCUCAUGCCAAAAGAUGGUGAAGGAUCAGCAAGUCCUUUUGUGGAAGUAGACUUUGGAAACCAAUUAAGCAGAACCAGAACUGUCAAAAAGAACCUUAACCCCACUUGGACUCACAAACUGCUCUUUCAUUUAGAUGCAACCAAACCUUUCCAUCGCCAAACGAUUGAAGUCUCGGUGUACCACGAGCGGAGGCCUCUUCCGGGCAGAACUUUCCUUGGAAGAACAAGAAUUCCUUGUUCUAACAUUGUCAAGGAAGGUCAACAAGUGUAUCAGAUUUUCCCACUAGAAAAGAAGUGGGUUUUGUCAUCUGUUAAGGGUGAGAUUGGCCUAAAAAUAUACACUGCCUCAGAGGCUAAACCUAAAGCUUUCUCCCCUAUUUUCCCUUCAGAAUUAGAGAAUUUCUCAGCUUCCACUCCAUUGCAAGUGCCAGAAUCCAUUACAACUCCCUCACUCACAGAAGAAACAGACCUAACUGAUAGCACAUUAGAAGCUGAUCUCAAAGGAGAAGAUCCUGCACUUGACACCCCCGAAUUAACAAAAGAAGAAGUAGAUUUUGUGUCUAGUGGCAUUGAUAUUGAUCACGAGCCAAAGAAAGAAAGCAAAGAACCUGUCCCAGAAGUAGUUCAACAAUUAGACAAACACCAAGUUCUUCAGCAGCCAAGGAUUUCAAUAAAGAAACGCCCUCAAGGUACUCUAUCCACAAUGCACUCCUUUGAUCAUAGAUUCCAAUCUAGCAAUGCUGAAAACUACAAUCACAAUGACACCAACACACAGCCAAGGAUUUCGAUAAAGAGAAGACCGCGAGUACCACAAGGUACUCCAUUAACAAUGAACUCAGUUAAUCCACAACUUCAUGAUCAAAGGUACAAUCUCAAUAGCACCAACCAACAGCCAAGGAUUAUAUCAGAGACACCAAGACCAGGAAGUCCAAUCACAAGGCAGAACCCAGUUAAUCUUAAUCCCCAAGUCCACACUAACGGCGAUGAAAACUACAAUCUCAGGGACACCAAUCCACAACUUGGUGGAAGAGGGUGGGGGAGUGGUGGUGAAAGAUUCACAAGCACAUAUGACCUUGUUGAGCAGAUGUUUUAUCUUUACGUUCGCGUGGUUAAAGCAAAGAAUCUUCCCCCAGGUACCAUCACCUCCAGCUGCAGUCCUUAUGUGGAAGUGAAGAUGGGGAACUACAAAGGGAGAACAAAGCACAUGGAGAAGAAAUUGAGCCCAGAGUGGAACCAGGUAUUUGCUUUCUCCAAGGACAGCAUUCAGUCUUCUUUUCUAGAAGUUUUUGUGAAAGAUAAAGAAAUGGUGGGUAGAGAUGACUAUAUUGGAAGGGUGAUCUUUGACCUCAAUGAGGUUCCAACCAGAGUUCCACCAGAUAGUCCUCUGGCUCCUCAAUGGUACAGGCUUGAGGACUUAAGAGGGGAAGGCAAGGUCAAUGGUGACAUAAUGCUUGCAGUUUGGAUGGGAACACAGGCUGAUGAUGCUUUCUCAGAUGCUUGGCAUUCAGAUGCUGCCACUGUCUAUGGGGAGGGUGUUCUCAAUAUCAGAUCAAAGGUUUAUGUCUCUCCAAAACUGUGGUAUCUCAGGGUCAAUGUAAUUGAAGCUCAAGAUGUGAUCCCCGGUGACAGAAACCGCUUACCGGAGGUUUUUGUGAAAGCUCAAGUGGGCUGCCAAGUGCUGAAGACCAAGAUAUGCCCCACCAGCACUAGAACAACCACUCCACUUUGGAAUGAAGAUUUGGUUUUUGUGGCUGCUGAGCCAUUUGAGGAGAAAUUGACAAUCACUGUGGAGGAUCGCGUGCACCCUUCAAAAGAUGAGGUGCUUGGGAAGAUAAACCUGCCACUGACCCUCUUUGAGAAGAGGCUAGACCACAGGCCGGUUCAUUCCCGCUGGUUCAACCUUGAGAAAUUUGGCUUUGGAGGGCUGGAAGGUGAUAGGAGGAAUGAGCUUAAAUUUUCAAGCAGGAUUCACCUGAGAGUUUCCCUUGAAGGUGGGUACCAUGUCUUAGAUGAAUCCACUUUGUACAUAAGUGAUCAAAGACCAACAGCAAGACAGCUAUGGAAGCAGCCUAUUGGGAUACUUGAAGUAGGCAUCUUAGGAGCACAAGGGCUUCUCCCAAUGAAGAUGAAGGAUGGCCAUGGCAGCACAGAUGCAUACUGUGUUGCCAAGUAUGGUCAGAAAUGGGUCAGAACCAGAACACUUUUGGACACUUUUAGUCCUAAAUGGAAUGAGCAAUACACAUGGGAGGUUUAUGAUCCUUGCACUGUGAUAACAUUGGGGGUUUUUGACAAUUGCCAUUUAGGUGGAGGUGAAAAAACUCCUGGUGGUAAUGGAGCACUAGAUUCAAGGAUUGGAAAGGUAAGGAUUAGGCUAUCAACACUGGAAGCUAAUAGGAUUUACACCAAUUCUUACCCACUUCUUGUUUUGCACCCACAUGGAGUUAAGAAGAUGGGUGAGCUUCAGCUAGCAGUGAGGUUCACUGCACUCUCAUUAGCCAACAUGGUUCAUAUUUAUGGCCAACCUUUGCUCCCCAAGAUGCACUACUUGCAUCCUUUCACAGUUAACCAAAUAGACAGCUUAAGGUACCAAGCCAUGAACAUUGUAGCUGCGAGGCUCGGCCGAGCUGAACCAUCUCUGAGGAAGGAAGUGGUGGAGUACAUGUUGGAUGUUGAUUCCCACAUGUGGAGCAUGAGAAGAAGCAAAGCUAACUUCUUUCGCAUCAUGUCGCUUUUAUCUGGUUUGAUCACCAUGGGGAGAUGGUUCAGUGAUGUUUGCAAUUGGAAGAACCACAUCACAUCAAUUCUAGUUCACAUUCUCUUCCUGAUACUGAUAUUCUACCCUGAAUUGAUCCUGCCAACUGUGUUUCUCUACAUGUUCUUGAUUGGUCUUUGGAACUACAGGUUCCGGGCGAAAAACCCAUCUCACAUGGAUACCAAACUCUCAUGGGCAGAAGGUGUUCACCCAGAUGAGCUUGAUGAGGAGUUUGACACAUUCCCCACUUCGAGAUCACAUGACAUGGUGAGAAUGAGGUAUGACAGGCUCAGAACUGUUGCAGGGAGGAUUCAGACAAUUGUGGGGGACAUUGCUACUCAAGGGGAGAGAUUUCAGUCUUUAUUGAGCUGGAGAGACCCCAGAGCAACCAGCAUCUUUGUGUUGUUUUGCUUGUGUGCCGCUGUGGUUCUCUACGCCGCGCCAUUCAGAGUGGUGGCAAUGGUAACAGGCUUGUACCAUUUGAGACAUCCAAAGUUUAGGAGCAAGCUACCUUCAGUACCAAGUAAUUUCUUCAAGAGGCUCCCAGCUAGAACAGAUAGUUUGCUGUGAAUCUGUUUUACAUAGUUUCAGUCUGUUAUGUAUAGUUUUUACCUUUAUUCAUUUCUCGCUUAGCAUGUUUGGAUCAACUUUUCUUUCCUCAGAAUCAACUCUGAAACCCAGGACCUACUCAUAGAACCUUCUAUGCAGAAUUGAUUCUAGCUUUGAAUCAACUGUAGAAAGAUUUUCGAACAUGCAACUGUUAUUGUUAUUUCAGAAAUAAUUAAUUAGUCCCUUCGUGA